AAUUGACAAGUGAAACGUCACAAAUAAUCACUAUAGUAUCACUACGCGAGUUUUUUCUUCGUUUAUCCCAAGAAAGAAUAAUCAGGAAUUUUCUGCGAAAUUGUGACUUAAAGCGUUCAGAAAACGACCAGUUCCCGAUAGCCCAGUACCCAGUGCAGCAGUAAUUUUCAUUAAAAAAAAAAUGUCCGUGGCACAAUUUUUGGCUGGAUUACCCUCGUAUAAUGAAAAUAACUUUUCCAAGUUUCAUAUGGACAGUAACAACAGGUCGUCCUCGAAAAGGCCUUCAGUGUACAUCUCCACAAAAGAUAAUACACCACCUGAACAACAAAUAAUUGUGACAGAAAAGACCAGCAUCCUCCUGAAAUAUAUGCAACAACAUUGGGAUAAAAAGAAUUCAACAAAAAAACGGGAAGUGAGUGGACCGGAAGAGCCCAGUCGAAAACGACCAAGGCUAGAGGGAGGGGGUGACUCGAACGAAUGGAGAGAAUAGAGAAAUGACAGACUUUUUUCUGGUGUACAUUUUUAAUUAAGUUUCUUUUUGUAUAUAAGAUAUAGGAGGUUGUAAGCUGUGCAAAAUGUACAGUCGAUCAUCUAAAGUUGAAAUAAUUCAGGUUUUCGUUUUGAAUUUAUUAUGUGUUUUUGCAAGUGGUAAGUUUGUGUUAUUUUUUUUAUGAAGGAUAUAAAGAGUUGAUUUAUAUAAAAUAAA